AGCGGUAAAGCAUCGGGCUGGAGAGCCAAUGGUCGCGGGUCAAGCCCCAGGAAUGGCACUAUCUUUAUCACUAUUCCUCAUCCUAUUACAUAAGUCCGACAUACAGUAACUGUAUUUACAUGAACAUUCCCAUGAAGUUGCAUCUAAGAAUUGAUAAUUGCAAAAAGACUAGAGAGAUCUUACGUGUGAUGUCAUACUGACAUAGGGCAACUGUUAAGAGAAUUAGAGAAGAGACUAUUCUAUGUUAAAGACAAUCAAAACUCAACUUAAUAAAUCCAGGAAUAGAAGUGACCAGCCAUGGUGUUGACUGGGAAACAGAUUGUGGUGCUGACCAACUUGUAUGUGAGCUAUGCCCUCUAUGUUUACGUGCGACGGUCAUUCUCCUUUGCCAUGCCUACGGUAUCGGAGACUGCUAAUCUGGACAAGAGUCAAUUAGGUAUGAUUCUGAGCAGUCAGUCACUGGCCUACACCAUCAGUAAGUUUGGGUGUGGUAUUCUAGCCGACAUUGUCAGCCCCAACAUUUUGCUGUCAGGUGGCUUGAUCUUAUCCGGACUAACAGCAGUAUGUUUCACAACAACCACAUCUGCAGUGAUAAUGAGUGCGAUAUGGUUCCUGAAUGGUCUCGCCCAGGGACCAGGUUGGCCAGCGAUAGCUGUCUGCCUUAAACAUUUGUGUGCCCCGGAACAGUUCGGGUCAGCGUGGAGUGUGGUGUCCACGUCAAUGAAUGUGGCCGGUAUGGUUGGGCCUCUGCUGACCACAGUGCUGAUUGCCCAGUCAAACUGGCAGACUUGUAUUCAACUUGCAGGAUUUGUAUCAAUCAGUUUCGGGUGUAUUACAUUUUUCUUGGUGAAGACUGAUCCAAAAAGCAACUCCACGACACCAACUUCACCAAACCGUGACAAGUCGUCACCAAAUGAAGGUGAGGACCUUUCUAGGUGGCAGCUCCUGUUCCUACCCGGCUUCCUGGGAGUUUGCCUGAGUAUGAUGGCCACAUCUGUUGUCCAGUACGGCACAUUGAACUGGACACAGCUAUACAUGGUACAGGAGAGAGGGCUGACCCCUAUGUCAGGCAGUGCCUUUGUAAGCAGUGAAGAACUAGGAGGGAUUGUGGGGUCCUGUGUGGCUGGGUUCUUGUCUGACUUCCUUAUCAGCAAGAACCCAGGCGUGGCUAGACAUUUGAUGAGGCAGGUGGUGGUUAUGUAUUUUAUGCUGUUCCUGACUGGGGUAUUGUACUGGAUCACAUACAGUUUAUCCUCUUCCACCUCACAGUUGAUGGUAACUAUUAUGGGAUUUUGUACCGGAUUUGGUGUCUAUGGGCCUGUAGCCAUAUUUGGUGUUAUAGCCCUAGAGAGUGGACCAGAAAAUAGGGCAGGGACUUUACAUGCAAUAUUUGGACUUUUCUCAAAUGCCGGUGUGUUCAUCUCGGGACUACCCCUCAGCUACAUCGCUAAACUCUACGACUGGCAGACAGUGUUUCUACUUCAAAGUACACUAAUCACCAUGACAUUUCUAUAUUUUAUUCUUAAGCUACGAACAACGUUUAAGUCAUCAAAUCAGAAACUGUUUUACAUAUUCUAGAUGUUUUCAUCUGGUGUUGUUUUUUGUAAGGAAUCUCUAUGCAAUUGUUCUCGAAUAUUAACUUGUUAAUCAGAUGUUAAAUUGUUUCUUAAGAAA